AUGACCGAACAAGCCGCAGCUCGCCGUUCUUUGCUGGCCGGACUACUCGACCGGGCCGUCGGGUGGGUCCUCGGUCUUCCGGCCGAAACCUCCGGCUACACGAUCCAGGCCAUCAAGGUACCCCUCCCGGACGGCGCCGCACUCGCCGCCGACCUUUACCGGCCUACGGAUCACGACCCCCUCGGUACCGUUCUCGUUCGAACCCCCUACGGCCGCGGCAUCAUCUUCUCGCUCGUCCUCAUCCGCAUCUACGUGGCCCGGGGAUACCAGGUCCUCUUCGUCAGCUCCCGGGGCACCUUCGGCUCGACAGGCGUCUUCGAUGGCGGGCGCAGCGAGGCCGACGACGGCCAAAACGUUGUCGCCUGGAUGAGGUCGCAGCCCUGGUACACCGGCACCUUCGCGACCAUGGGGUCGUCCUUCCUGGGUUUCACGCAGUGGGCCCUGCUCUCGGAUCCCCCUCCCGACCUGGUCGCCGCCGUCAUCGGGAUCGCGCCCCACGACUUUGCCGAGCGCCUCUGGGGCACGGGGGCCUUCGCCAUGCAGCAGCACCUCUCGUGGAGCGACACGAUCGUGCACCAGGAAACGCGCGGCCUCUGGCAGCAGCUCACGGCCAUGAGAGACGCCGGCCACCUCGAUCCGUUGACGAAGAGCGUCCCGUUGGAGCCCGCGCUGAGGCGCUACUUUGGCGACCGGGCUCCGUGGCUGUUCCACAACAUCAGCCAUCCGGACCUGGACGACGAGAGCUGGGCGCCGCUGAAGCACGGGAAGGCUCUCGAGAAGGCCGAUAUCCCCAUCCUGCUCACGACCGGUUGGCACGACAUCUUCUUCGAGCAGACCAUUGAGCAGUACCACGCACUGAACCAGCGGGGCUGUGCCGUCGCGCUCAGGAUCGGCCCCGGGGCCCACUUGGACGCCUACGGCCCGGGGGAUUCGGCGAGGGAGACGCUCCAGUGGCUCGACGCCCAUCUCGCCCGGAAAUCCACGGCCGACAAGUUCCCCGCCGUGAGGGUUCGCAGGUGCGGCGACGCGCCGGAGUGGCUCGAGCUGCCCAAAUGGCCGCCGCCGACGAGCCAUCGGGAACUGUUCCUCGCGGCGGACGGGAAGCUCGGCCCCGAGCAGCCUGUGGACGCGGGCGUCGCCGCCUUCACCUUCGACCCUUCGGACCCCACGCCGACCUUCGGCGGUCCCAUCAUGAUCGGCGGCGGCAGCGUCGACGACACGGCGCUUGCGCAGAGGGCCGACGUCGUCACCUUCACCACGGCGCCGCUGACGGAAGCCCUCGACAUCAUGGGGAGGCCGUCCGUGGACCUGGUCCACUCGAGCGACAACCCGUUCUGCGACCUCUUUGUCCGCCUGAGCGUCGUCGAUGCCCAGGGCAAGUCGCGGAACGUCACAGAGCAGUACAGGCGCCUGACCGCCAGCCGUGACCCCAAGCUGAUUGCGAUGGACCUCUUCGACACCGCAUUCAGGGUCCCGGCCGGCUCCAGCAUCCGCCUGAUUGUUGCCGGCGGCAAUUUCCCCAAGUACGGCUUCAAUCUGGGAUCAGGGGAGGAUCCCGCCACUGGAACCACCUUACGCCCGGCUCGGCAUACGGUGCAUUUCGGAAGGGGAAGCGAUUCGUGUCUGGUGCUUCCUGUCUCGAGCUAG